AUCCUCCCUGGGUUCCGGCUCCGGCUCCAGCUCCUUCCCUCGCCUACAGAGGCGGCGCUGUCCCUGACCGAGCGGCGGGAGCGAGGGUUCAGAGAUGGGCAGUGAGAAGGAGCAGAGUCCAGAACCACACCUGCCUGAGGAAGGGGAAGGGGGUAAGCCUUGGAGAGUGGAUGACUCAGAGGGUUCUUGGAUCUCACCUGGGGAGAAGGAGCAUGGGCAAGAGAGCCUGUCGGAUGAACUGCAAGAAACUCAUCCAAAAAAGCCAUGGCAGAAAGUCACUGUCCCGGCUCGAGAGCUAGGGGACCCCAUUGCUCAUCCAAGGCAUGAGGCAGAUGAGAAGCCCUUUAUAUGUGCCCAGUGUGGCAAAACCUUCAAUAAUACCUCCAACCUGAGAGCACACCAGCGGAUCCACACUGGUGAGAAGCCUUACAAGUGUUCUGAAUGUGGCAAGAGCUUCUCGAGAAGCUCCAACCGCAUCCGGCACGAGCGGAUCCACCUGGAAGAGAAACACUACAAAUGCCCCAAGUGUCAGGAGAGCUUUCGGCGGCACUCAGACCUCACCACGCACCAGCAAGAUCACCUAGGCAAGCGGCCAUACCGCUGUGACAUCUGUGGCAAGAGCUUCAGCCAGAGCGCCACGCUAGCUGUGCAUCACCGGACCCACCUGGAGCCGGCACCCUACAUUUGCUGUGAGUGUGGGAAGAGCUUCAGCAACAGCUCCAGCUUUGGCGUGCAUCACCGCACCCACACAGGUGAGAGACCUUAUGAGUGCACUGAGUGUGGGCGGACCUUCAGUGAUAUCUCCAACUUUGGAGCACAUCAGCGGACCCACAGAGGGGAGAAGCCCUACCGGUGCACUGUGUGUGGGAAACACUUCUCCCGGAGCUCGAAUCUCAUCCGCCACCAGAAAACUCACUUGGGCGAGCAGGCUGGGAAAGAUUCCAGCUGAAGGAGAGCCCCAUUUAGAGUGAGGGAGAGCGAGCGAGAGACCCUAACCUAUUGGAGAAAGAUCUUUAGCAUCUUUUGCUGCUACCUUGACCUCGAGCCCUUCAUCCCGCUUUGGAGAAUGGUUUUGUAUUGCCUCUGAAGUCAGGAUCUCAGGAAGUCCUGAGAAGGGACUCUGGAGUAAAAACCCUUGCCUCUCUCCAGGCCAAUUUCUCAUGUUGGAAAGUCAGAGGACCCAGUCUUGGCUUCACUUUCUUGGGGUGAAAAAGAAAUAGGGUAGGCUCAGAACAUGCUCAUGUCAUUAAGGCGGCAGUCCCCCUGGCCUUUGAGGAAGUACCUAUGAGAUGGGUGUCACUGUCUGAAGGUUCUCCAAAUUGUCUGUGAACUGCUUAGGUAGGAGUGCACUGCAGUGUCCUGCUAGUUCCCACCUGUUGUGCCCCAACUUUGCUUCUAGAUCUCUAGGCUGGGAGGAGUGACCUUGUCAAUGGAAGAGGCCUCCUUGGUCUGGAGAAGAGAUCUGAGGUCCCGCCUUAGAAAUGAAAGGGAAACCCUCAGGGAGCCAUGACCCAGGGACCUUCACACUCCCCCAUGUUUGUUACUUGUUAUCCCUCCCCCAACCUGCCUCUGUUUUCCCCAGAGUGAUUAGCAGUAAAACCCUUCAAUGAAAA